ACACCCCGUUCCACAAUGCUCAAAAUUUCCUGAAGCCCACAUACCACUGACUGAACUGUGGGACAAACAAAACUGUGCCACUGGACUUGGUCGAUGAAUUAAAGAAUAUUCGACCAAGGUCUGAAGUUGACCACAGGCAUGGCCAUUUAUGGAACAUCAGGUCUUGCUAAACAUAUAUUUUGCAGUCUUGUGGUGGUUGGCUCCUUCCGAACGAAACUUCGCCCUAUGUUUUGGUGCCAGCGUGAGCCAAGUCGCCGUCAGACCAGCCGACGGCCACUUUCCGAUUCAUACUACUUCACCAUAUCAGCCUGGUCCUCUUUCCCAACAAUCGCUCUCAAUUCUGUCGGAAUCCAGAACUCCUCGGUGGGGGCUGUUCUCGUGGAGCUGGUACACCAUGCUUUUCAUGUUGGGGGCAGCCAGUUGGCUCUGGUCAUUUGCACAACUUGGAGAGAAUUUCAUUUUCGCGAUCCACAAGCCGCAGUGUCUUGUCAAGACUGGCCUUUACCAAUACGUGCAACAUCCAAGUUACACAGAAUUCUUCCUAUUGCAAGGCGCAGUCAACUUGUUUAUUAGCGCCAACAAUUCAGGUUGGGUUGCCGGUGUUCAUGGUGAUGGUAAGGAUUAGAGAGGAGCAAGAAGUGUUGCAAAAGGAAUUUGGAAACGAAUGGAGGACUACCACAGGGCCACGAAUAGGUUUCUGCCGGGAAUUCUUUCUUUGAGGAAAAGGUCCACUUCCUUGGCAG